UUGUUAUUUGCUUAUUAUCAGAGGAUUGUUAUAUUGGCUUAAGUGCAAUGCGCAGCAGAAGAAAGAUUUUGGCAAAGACUCUCCACUGACCCUUGCAGCGAACAUGUUCACAGGAAAACAAGCUUAUGCGGAUGCCUAUGCUAACCUCUGCAAAAAAGCUGGCAUCGAGUGCGAAACGGUCUCUGGCAUCGCGAAAACUGGAGAUUACAACCCAGGAGAUUUAGAGAUUGACAGGGAGAAGAUGAAAGCAUAUUGGAACAAAGUAAAACUUCUUGGCAAAUGGUGGCCUAUUCAUCCUAGGUACGUCCUACGUGCCGUUAAAGGUACCGCUCAGGCAUCGGGGUACACUAAAAUAGAUUCUGACCUCAAAGACGACAAUGGAAGUCAAUCGGCAGGGCCUCAGCAAACUGAAAUUACUUUCAACGACUUCUGGUUCUUAGCAGAUCCCGAAAUAUUUAUAAACAAGUGUUAUCCUGAUGAUCCCGAAGAUCAGAUGCUGCCAGCUGCCAAGCGAAUUAAGAAACCCCGUAACUUCAUGAAAUUGCCGUAUCUGACACCGGUUUUCCAUGAAUAUCGCCUUAAACUAACAAGCGAGGAGACGUGUAUUAUCGAUUCCAUAGAGGGGUUGGCGAAAAUAUCCUUCAAGGCGAGUAGAACUGUAGCGAAAGAUAUGGCUUGCGAUUACACACUCAGUAUAGAGAAUAGAGAUGGUACUGAGAAGACAAAAUUUGACUUUGAAACUUCACGGCUCGUUUUCUCAUCUCGUAAGAAGAACCAGUUCAUUUUCGAAGUGCGUUGUCCAGUUGAAGCCAAUUAUCAGCUUGUUAUAACCGGUGGUAAGAUGGAGAACGAGAAUAAAAAAGUUCUCAUAAAGUGCAAGAUAGUCUGUAGAGAAAAAAUGCCGGUUGCACGCACAUUGCCGAUCGACGCGGGUCAGACCGGUUGGGGAUUCGGGCCUGUGGCGGCAAAAGUGGGGCUAUCCAAACCGAAAAUAAAGGAACCGAAGGUGUUUAUCAAGCCAAAGUCAUCAAGCAGUGGUGGCAAGACAACAAUGAAAAUGAGGUUUACUGUAGACAAAGAUAUGAUAAAAACGAAGGAGUAUACUGCUGAACUUAAUGUCGCCGGAAAACCAGCUGAUAAUUUUAAAGGGUUUGUUAAGACAAACUUAAACAAGGAGUCAAAGGAGCUACAGAUUGAAUGUAGUGUCCCGGAGGACGGGGAAUACGCCCUGGUGAUUAAAGCGAAAGAUCGUGCUGAACAUGUGUUCAAGCCAGUCUGCUACUACCUACUAACGACACUUGAGGACGAGGAAAAGAUGUCUGACGACUAUUACGAUUCCUCUGACGGGACAUCUGAUAUUGAUGAAGAGAUAGAUCAACUAGAAAGUACACUGAAAGCGAUGACAGCCGAGAGGGACAGGCUUAAGCAACACGUUUCCAGACAAUAAAAUCACAUAUUGACUUGUGAGGUGGAAAUUGGUCAAGAAAUGUGUUGGUUUAAACAAUGUUUUAUUGACAUAGAUGCAAUUAUUGCAAUAUUACAGAUAUCAACAUUCAGGAUUGAGUAGGGAGCUACAUAAGAUUUCUUAGAAAUUUUUCCAUAGAAGAUUGUUGACUCUAGAGGUUAUUAACUGGUGUCCUUUUUAUUGUAAUCAGAAAGUAUAUAAACCUAUGCAUUUUGGAAAAGUUUUUAAAAACCUGAAAAUAGAUGAAACAAAACUGUUCAUAGAACUUAAAACUACACAAAGAUAUAGGCCGCUAAAGAAACGAAAUGUCUUACAAGUCAUUAGUUUUUGAACAAGACUUACUGAAAAUUCAUCAGGCUUUAUUCAUCACCUUAUUGGCUAUGCCCUUAGGCUAGUAGUACAUUAUCAUUUAUGAUAUGCCAAUACCAUUUAAUAAGCAAUGAAUAACUUGUGCAUUAUCUUUGAUUACAUUUUAGUAAACCGUUGGAAAGUAUUACCAUUUACACUUGUUCACAAGUAUUUAUCUACAAGCGAUUGCCUUAAUCGGAAAAUGUAGUUUUGACUGCAUUAGCAUAAAAAAGUUAUAGACUGCAGUAACUGUUGUUUUGUUUCAAACUGACACAAGGCAUUUUGGGCCAGUAUUCAUCAACGCUCAGACAAGCAAAUAUUCAAAUGCCAUUAUUUUAUUUUUUAAAGUUUAUACUGACGGAAAUAUGCUGUGUUGUCUUUUACUGCUGAAUACAAAGUCUGUUUCAAUAUGUACCAGUUUAGCAAUGGAUAGAGCAAAAUAAAAAAAAAACUUCUA